ACAACUGUAGACUUUGAACGACGAAACCCUAUCUAAAAUUUUGAUUGUCAUCGUCUGCUUGUUAUGCCGGAGAUUCCGUGGGGGAUAUCCCCAGGUUCGAUAGUUAGAUGGAUAGACUGAAGAGCUGUACGUGUCAAACUUCCACAGCACUUAGAAGUAAAACCUAGGAACCUAAGAAUGGGACAUGUUCAGUCCAAAAAGAAAAAAACUAAGAAAGUGGGUGAUGUAAACUACAGUUCACAGGGUAUUAUCUCAGGAGAUGCGGAUUCUCUUCAUCAAAUCAAGUUUAAUCGCCUGUCAGCAGACUUAGAACGUCUUUCUCUCAGCAGUGGGUAUCACUCUCGUGACUCUUUGUUGGGGUCAGACUUCAAACAGAAAACCAUGUCUUUGAAUAGAAACAAUAAUGUCACAAAAGACUUGAAUCUCAUGAAGGACUCGUAUAGCUACGAACGGCUCAAUGUGGACGACCAUCCAGCACUAACAAAGUUACAAAAUGAACAAAAUAGACGAUUAGAAAAAAUGGAGGAAAGAAUGUCACAGAUUCGUAUACAUGCUAUGCAAGAAGCAGAACGUAGGAAAUAUGCUCAUUUGUUCAAGGCGAAAAAGAAAGAAAGUCCCACACGUGAAUUGUUAUGUAAGGCAAAGGAUAAACUCAAACAAAGCACCUGUGAUACCCCCUUGGAUAUUUCUUCCAAAAACACAUCACAUAAUGAAGAGGUAGACAAAGGGGAGAUAAUUCCUGUUACUGUGGCAACAGAGACACAACUUGUUGACAGGGAAGAGGUUGAUCCACCAAACUAUUUACAAAAUCUCCCUGCCCUAGGUGCUGUUAAUCUCAAUGAUCCAAAAUCUAUUUUUUUCCUGCCCUUUUUAUUUCCAAUAUUCAUCUUCAUGGUACUUGUACGGAGUGUUUCACAAUCUGAUGUGUGGCAGAGAACAGGCCAAACACCUACUCGACAGAAGAAGAGGAAUUAGAAUACUCACAAAAAUUACUAAUGCAAAAAAUUAUACUCAUAAGUCCCAAAAAUCAUUAAUUGUAUAUAUACUCCAGGCCAUAAAUUAAGGUCACACAAGGACUUGACACUAGGUCAUCAAUCUAGGUUAUCAUAAAGGUCAUGUAUUAAGGUCAUCUAUCAAGGUCUUCACUCAAGGUCAGAAAACAAGGACAUAAGUCAAGGUCAUCACUCAAAGUCAUCAAUCAAAUAUGAUUAGUAUAUGUCACUUAGAGUCUUAAAUCUUUUGUGACAAUUCUUCAUUCUCAUUUAGUUAAAGUUCCUUAAACGAAGUCACGAUAGUGUUUUGUUGUUUAGUAGAGGUUUUCAAAUAUCCUGUGGUAUUCACUGGGUGUUGAUGACCUCUGCAUAAUGUAUGUUUCAUGAUCAUGUAGGUAUACUUGGUGACCUCAAUAAGGUCAUUCAACAGGUCAUAUUUGUGUACCUGAUGACCUCAAAGGUGAUCUUGAUGACCUCCAUAUGAUUGGGAAGUCUUAUAGUUAUUCGAGGUGACCCCUGUAAUGUCAGGAGGUCUUAUAGAUGUUAUCACUGACCCCUGUUAUGUCCAGAGGUCUUAUAGAUGUUCUAGGUGACCCCUGUAAUAUCCAGAGGUCUUAUAGAUGUUCUUGGUAACCCCUUUAAUGUCAGGGGUCAUAUAUAUGUACUUUGUUUUGUAACUCAUACAAAAUAUGUAUGCCAUAUGAAACCAUAACAUUAUCAAUCUCUAGAUACAUGUACCAAGGGGGAACAUACUCCACCAGGCCAAUUACAUUUGAAAUGUAAUAUGAACCAAUAUGUUGUAAUGAUUCUUUAACAAUUCUGUCUGUUGGAUAUCAAUAAUUAUCAAUAAUAAUUUAAUACUAAUAUGCUGCUGCCUGAUGGAAACUUUACAUCUCGCCAGUGUGAUAACAUCUAUUUUCUUCUGUUGUAUAUGGUAUCACAUGUAUAACAUUUAAAGUUUAUUGGGAUAAACCUUCAUACAAAAUUAAGCAAUUUGAAUAACUGGCUUACAGCUUAAGAUAUGGUAGUUUUGCCCUGUGACUAUGAGGACCAAGGCUCGAUAGGAAGUUCAUCUUCAGAUUUACAGACUGAUUAAUUUACUGUGCAGGGUUUCUUUUCAUCAUUUAAAAGUUUCAAGACACAAAUAUUUAAUUAAGAUCUUAAGAUAUGAGAGGGAGAUUUUCUUGUACUUGGAUCUGUAUUUUACUAGUGAUUCUCAAUUUUGUUUUUACAAUUAAAAAAGCUAUUAUUCAAUUCUUUUUUUUAUUUUAUAGUUAAAAUUGGCAAGAAAUAUGGCAUUGAAUUCAUAAAAAAAGUUUUUAUCAAAUAAUGCACAUACUAGACAUUUCAGUAGAACUCAACAGUAUUUCUGAUGUUACAACAAUAUUCCCCUAUAUACUAAGCAGGAUUGCAGACUAGUUGAUUAGCUGCACUUCAGAUUACUAGAUGUCAUAUUCCACUCUGAUAGAUACAGUUAAAUAAUGUAUUGCUAUGUUUUUCUAUAGCCAUGAGUCUGUUUUGUUUGAAUAACAAGAGACAGGGAAGUAUCAAAUAUCAUACGCUGUAUUAAGUGGGUAUGAUCAAAUUAAUUCAAAAUCCUUUUUUGUUUUCUCAGCUGUAGCAACUUCCAUGUAUGAAUGGAGUAGAAUGCCACGAAUAUUUACUGUACAGUAUCGUAUCAACUGAGACGAUAAAUUUGUCGUCUAAUACAAUAUUAAUACAUAGUGUGAGUGAAAACUUUUCAUUUCCUUGAACAUGAAUUCUGUAUUUUCAACACCACUUAAUUCUCUGUAUAUUUUACUUGUUUUAUCAUGUAUAUUUCAUACAUUUUUUUACCUAUUUUACUCCCGUUCAUGAUUUUUUUAAUACUGAUAUUAUUUGUGUGCGACACAAGGAAGCAGUUAAAUCUGGUAUGAUUGACUCAUGUACAUUGAUUGUGAUUUGAUGGCAGAUAGCCACCAUAUAUUUUUGUUCUUCAUUCUUGAUUGUCAUAUAUUUUGUUCCCACUCAACUGAAAAUGUUUUGUUUAUAUCACAAAAUUCAAAGGCUCUACUCUUGAUUCCGUAGCCUGAUUGCAAAUGAUAUGUGUUGACUAUCAUAGUUUAGUAACUGUGAGGAAAGAGUGCAAGCAUAUCAUUGAUUUAGAUAUAGGCUUUUUUCUGAAAUUCAAAGACAUGUAUCAACAGAUUUGAUUGAUCAGUUUACUAUUUCUGAUAAAUUUCAAAUGGCUUAGUGUGAGUUACAUAUUUGGCCGUAACUUACUGUGUAACAUGCUAUUUUUCCCUGUAAACUUUUUGCCAUUUAUGCCCUUUAAUUGCUUGCUGAUCAUCUGGCUGAAUUUGUUGAGAAAAAGUUAUUUCAAUUCCACCUCGUUAUUGGAGAAAAUAAGACCUGGCUAAAACAAUUACUGUAAAUGUAAGACAUGGUUAACAUUAGGUACUGUAAACAUACCGUAAGACAUAGCAAACAGGCCAACAUAAGGCACUGUAAUUGUAAAACAUGCUUACUUUUUGAAAGUUAUAGCUUUUUAUCAUGUUUUGGCAUGUAAGAUAACAUUGAAUUCUCAUGUCCACUGUAAUAACUUGCAAAAAUAGCAAUCAGCACAAUCAUGUUCUAGCCCUAUACUUUAAGUAUAAAACAUGCUAGAUAAAAAGACCACUAAAAUGUCAGUGUAUACAUUAUCAUGGUUUUGAUAUCAUAUGGGGAAAUUUCUAUAUGGCAAAUUAAAAUCUUGCAUGGUAUUCCAUGUGGUAGAGAUGAGAUUUUCUGAUAGUGAUGGAAAGUGUCAGGUUUUGGAGAUGAUUGGUGAUAUUGAAUAUAUCUCUGUUGAUAUCACCAUGGUGAGAUUUGUAACCUGUGUAGCAGUUCUGACUCGUGCUUGUCUCUAGGGAUACGAUUUUGAGUGCAUUGAUAUUUCUUAUGAAAUAUUUAUUGGUUGUAAAAUCAAAAACUUUUUAAAGAUUGAAGGAAUAUGUUUGACUAUUGAGUGUUGAAAGGUUCAAAAUGUUGACAAAGUACAUUGUUUACUUCAAAUGUUGACAAAGUGCAAUACCAAAAAUUGAUUUGUUCAAAUUCUGAACAUUUUUGGUAAAUUGCAUAGUUAAUGUUUCAAAAUGUUGACAAUUUACAGUGCUGACAUUAAUGUACAACUAUAUACUUAUCAGAUGAUGUUGGAUAGUAGACCCCACCAAGAACCGGGGAGGAGGGGUAUGGGGUACUCUAGCUUUGCCUUGUGUCACUGGAACUUCAUGGGGUAAGGGUUCACCUUGGUGAGGCAGUAUGUAUCAGUUGUAGGUUUCUCUGACCUUCAUUUACACCUUUAAAAAAAAAGAUGGUUUGUCUUCCUGGGGUAAGGGUUCACCUUGGUGAGGCAGUAUGUAUCAGUUGUAGGUCUCUCUGACCUUCAUUUACACCUUUAAAAAAAAAGAUGGUUUGUCUUCCUGGGGUAAGGGUUCACCUUGGUGAGGCAGUAUGUAUCAGUUGUAGGUUUCUCUGACCUUCAUUUACACCUUUAAAAAAAAAGAUGGUUUGUCUUCCUGGGGUAAGGGUUCACCAAGAGGGGUGUAGCAAUGGAUGACUAUAAAUCGCCAGAUCUGUUUUGUUUUGAUUGAUAUGGGUGACUCAUCUGAAUGGGGGAAAAAAUAUUAUCAAGUAUUUUGAUGUGGACGUAUAACAAUCUAGACUAAUAAGCAAUUUUGAAUGUUGAAAUUUUGUCAUUGUUGAUUGUGACUGAGUGCCUUCUAUAUGUCCAUCCCAGAUUCCAUACAAAUAACAAGGAUUCUGCAAUAUAAUAUCACCAACAAUUUGUAUAUCUAUGUUUUAUAGGACAUAGUGUUGUCUUGUUAUGUGCAAUAUACAUAUAUUCACUUCCAUUUAUAUGUUAAAUUGUUUAUAAAUGUUUCUUUUUUUUUUCGAUUUUGAUUAUUCUAGAAUCGUGAUGAUCAUUAAUCUCUCUUAUAUAUAUAUAUAUGUGUGUGUGUAAUUCACCAUCACUAUAUAUCAUAGGUCACUAUCGCUGUACUCAUAUGACACAAUGCAGAUGUACAUAUAUGUAAUAUUAUUUCACAAACAGGAAUACAAAACACUUCAAGAGCAGUGUGUUUACUCAGUUUCCAUUCAUUUAAUAUGUAUAAAGUCAUGACACAAAACAUAGCAUUUGCAUGAAAAUUUAAUUUAUCCAUUACCAAUUUCUCCCAAAACCACAGUUCCACAAACCUGAAACUCUGCCCAUUUUCAUAUUUUAAUUUUCUUCUUCUGUUUUGAUAACAAUAAACAAAAUGUUUUAUUUACUGCUUAAUUAACAAGUGUAUUUUAUCUAAACUUCAAAAUUAGAAAAUUUAUUCUUAAAACUUCAGAAGUACUUAAAUUUCUGCUAUGCAGGUUCUAUUCCCGCAAUCUGUAGAGUGGGAAGGGAGGUAACUCUUUUUUCAAACAGAUUUUUAUAUUUUAUCUUAGAGUCCACAGAAUGUGUUUUAUCAAAAAUGAUGUAAUUUUUCAUUACAUAUCUUAUCAAUUUGUCUGUAAGUACAGAUUAUCAAUGAGAGGGCAACUAUUCUUGGAUGUUUAAUAGCAAAAAGUGCUGUAGGUAAGGAAAAAUGGACAGGAUGUUUCUUACAACGAAGAAAUUCUUUGAAUAAAGUACAUAUCACUUUUUUAUGUACAUAACAAUUUUAAAACAAAUCUUUUUAUAUUUCUUAAACAUUAUUCUUCAUUUUGAAAUUAUUUAAUGAUAUAGAUGCAUGUGUAUAAUGACGUAAAGUUUUGUGAGUUGAUAAUGUUUAAUAUCAUCUGUUACCAGCUAUGUAUGACUAAUAUUUCUUCACCUUAGGGGACUCUGGGCAUCUUAAAAGCCUACUUACUGAAACACAAGGCAACAUUAUGUAGAUUUAUUAUGUGUCUGUAAAGUUUGGUCAUGCCUUGUGGUUUGAUAUAAUAUUAAAAGCAAUAUUUGAGUAUUUUCUAUAGCUAUGAUUUCAAAUCUGAUGAUAUUAUGUGAGAAAUUUUGUAAUAGAAUGCAACCAGUUUAAGAUUUACUGGUCAUUACUUUUCCUUGCAUUAAAUCAUUUCCAAGUUGUAGAAUCCUUUCAUUGCUCCUGUCACUGUGUGAAUUGGGACUGUCUAUCCAAGAACAAUUAUCCUAAGUAUUGUGAACAGACUGCAUUGUGGUGUUUCAUUCUUUCUAACCUUAACUAUUCAACUUAUUGUGAGAUUUAGACUGUCAAUUUUAUAUUGACAAUGGCUAUCCAAGGCUGUGAACAAUUUGUAUUUUCUUUGGAAUUUGGAUUUUGAAUAUCCACUCUCUAAAAGUCAGUGGGAUUUUCAGUACACAGUCCUAUAUUUAACAUGUGUACAAUACUUCAGGGCCAAGGUCUACUGUAUAGGACCACAACCCUUUUUGAUGUUGUGAUAAGACUGACCAUGAAUUUUGUUCAGGAUUAUAUACUCAGUAUAUCUGUUGACUUUUUCUGUGAAGCAUACAGAAACAAAUCACCACAUCAUUUUGUUCAAUUUGAUUUAUACAAGUUCUACAUGUUCUAUGAGGAGCCUAAUUGAGGAGUGAUCUUUAUCACUGUUUAUAAUAGUGCUGUAAUAAAUAUUAUCUUGUUAUUAGGUCAGCAUUUAGAAAUAUUUGUAAAGAAAAUAGGCUAACAUAACCAUGUAUAGUUGAAUGCAAGAAUGAAUUUUCGUUUAGACAGGAAAAUAGAGUUUAAAGGUUGGUUGUUUAGUGGAAUGAAAUGAUUAAUAUAUAAACUGGUAGAAUUAAUUACAGCACGUUUAAGUGUCAGUAGUAAGUUUACUAUUAGAUUUCAUUGUGGAGUAGUUUUGCUUCAUUGGUCUUCAAGACCCUGAUGGACAACAAAGUCUUAUAUCAGACUUAAUGUUGACCUUUGACCUUAUUGCAGUUGAUUCUACCUAUUUAGAUAAAUUUUAGUGUGACAAGGGAUGACCUUAUCUUGUCCCAGUCAGAGAUGUUUAUAACAUUGUGUUGUAUAGUCUCUGUCACGAGUUAAGAGCUUGAACAUAGAAACUUCAUUUUACAUAGAGGCUUUUCAUAGCAAUAUGAUGAUUGCUAAAUAUUGUAAAGCCUGUGGAAGUCUCCUUGAGCUGAAAUCUAAAUCUUUCUGAAAUGAUAAUUUUUACUUGUCAGCGUCAAGAAAAAACUUGUAGCUUGUAUUAAUCCAUUUCAUUUGAUAUGUUAAACUCAAUGUUUGGAUCUGUUAUUGCGUAGUCCUUAACAUUACUUUCUGUUUACAUGUACAUUACAAAAAACAUUUUGUUUUUAAUUUUUCUUGAGAUAAUGAUCCUGAUAAUUUGCCUCUUCAUGUGUUUCAGUGGUUCAGUGUCACAGAUACUUCUAGUCAAUCUCUACCAUCUAGUCAGUGCACAUAUGCACACCUGGUGUUCCAAUUUCUCCUUAACACCUUUCCUUAUGUUGGUAGAAUAUAUACAUGUAUAGUAUUAUAGAAUGUAUGUUCGUUAUUAUAAGUGGUGUAUAUUUUAUCUAUUUUUGUGGUUUCGUCUAAUAAAAAAUAUUACAUGGUGCAUAA